AUGCCAGUUACGCCGGUAAUUAUUCUCAGCGGCUUUCUAGGCUCAGGCAAGACCACCUUGUUGAAGAACUUGUUGGAGAAUGUGGAUGGUCACAGGAUAGCAGUUGUUCGGAACGAAUUUUCGGACGGCCCGAUGGACUUCGAGGCCCCGCUGCUGGUGGAGGAAGACGAAGACAUUGGUGUGGUCAUGGAGCUUCCCAACACGUGUGUUUGUUGUUCUGCCAAGUCCUACUUUGUUGCCUCAAUCAACAACCUCAUAAAGAAGAAUAAGGGCGCUCCUUUUGACUUUGUUAUCGCCGAGAUCUCGGGCCUCACUGAUCCCAUUGCGGUCGCAGACGAAUUCAUCUCUUCCUUCGACCCGGUGGACGACUUGGCGAGAUUGACGGCACUUGUAACGGUCCUGGAUGCCCACAGGACCUCUCUCUUACUGCCAGGUCAUGUCUCUACUACGGACUCACCUGGCCCCGCAAGGACAAGCACCACCACCCCAGGGCCUCCCUCCCGGAUGGCAGCGUCUCCGGUGGCAGCGUCCCGGACGGCGACAAGCUCAGAUGGGGCAGCAACAAGUGGUCAGGCAGAGGAAGGAGGCGGAGGUAGCAAGGCGGUUGAAGGUGAGCACCAGUUGAGUUGCAGCGAAUUGCUGGUUCGAUUUUUGGUGUCGGCAGAUAUGGUGUUAUGUAACAAAGUGGACCUGAUAGCGGCGGAGGAGCGUGUGUGUCACCUACGCAAGUGGCACAGCCGGAUCCGUGCGAUGGCUCCGGACGCCAUGAUUGUGGACACAGUAUACUCAAACGUGCCCAUUGGGUCACUUUUGCGUCUGGCCCGCUCGAACCCGGGCUGUACGUGCUGUGUAGGCGAGGCAACGUGCCGGUACAGCCAAGAAGCGCCCACCUCGUUGGUUCGCGUGCUAUCUCGCGACAAGGGCGACAGCAAAAGCCUAGACCUCGAAAAACUGCUCGGAGAUCACGGCCUCCUUUCCGCAGAUCUCUCUGACGACUACUUCUAUGCCGGAAUUACACAACCCGUGAGCAGCUAUCCCGAACCCCAUGAAUGGGUCCAUGGCAUCAGCCGAGUCGUCAUCGGUGGCCGGACCUCAGCGGACAUCGUGCUCUCGACCGAACAAUUAACGGAACUGGAGUGCAGACUAUGCAACUGGGUCUGGGAAACGAAACCCCUUCUGUAUAGAGCAAAAGGACUAAUACAGACCAAUACUAAUCACUGGGCAGAACUCCAAAUAUGCGGGGAGUCUGUAGCCAUAUCUAAUCUCGACAACGCAACCAUAAGUAAGCAAAACACACACUUCUGCUGGGUGCAACUUCGACAACAGGGUUCGGUAUCCUGCAAGUGA